AUGCCUAAGCGAAAAGUAAUAGAGCUGCACCCUACGGGCUGGGAGAACGACCCGGCAGACGAGUUGCUGAAACUUGGCACACUCGACUAUUGCGUGGGUCAGGUAUACACCAACUACGCUCUAUUCUUCAAGCUCUCGGACGCCGAAAAGCCCAAGGUCAUCCCCGUGCUCACACGCGGGCUCCAAGUCCUGCUGAGUCAAUGCCGCCAGCUGUGCGGUAUAAUCGAGGAGCACCCCGACGGCGGGCUCUGCUUCCACAAGAAGAGGGAUAGCGUCGUCGAGUUCCACGUUCAAUGGCUGGACGGCCCCGAGGGCGAGGGCAAGUACCCAACUCUCGAUGAGCUGGAGAAACGCCAUUUCACGACCCAGUCCCUGGGGGACUUGGAUACGUGGUGUGUUGCGCCGAUGACAUACGGAGAGAGGCCGGCUGCCCGGCCGACGAGUAACCCGAAGGUGGCCGCCUUCAAAGCGACCUUCAUCCGUGGCGGCAUGGUGUUCAUGAUGCACCACCACCACUACUGCAACGAUAUCAUGGGGUGGGCCGGCGAGAUGCACCAGUUGGCCGAGAACUGCGCCGCCGUGUGGAGAUCCCCAGACAGCCCGUCGCUGCCGCCGUGGGAUCCGGCCUGCCUGGACUACACGCGGGUGCGCAGGCCGGACCCCCCAGAAGACCAGCGUGUCGACGGGCCACCUCGGCCAACGAAGCACCCCGGCCACAAGACGGGCCAGUGGCUCCUGCUUCACCUGCCCAAGAGAAAAAUGGCCGAGCUGAAGAAGAUGGCGAGCCCCGAGGACGGGAGCUACUGGAUCUCGAGCCACGACGCAUACUCGGCGUACCUCUGGCGCAUGCUGUCGAAGCAUAGGGCUAAGGUAUUCGACCAGGACCUUACGCAACACCUGCUGUGGGGUGAGGCUGUCAAUAUGCGUACUCGUUUCAAUGGCACACCACUGCCAAAACGCAUCCAGGGGAACGUCGUCAGUGUGGCCAUGAGUGCGACGGCUGGUGUGCCGCAGCUCACGGCGGCCGAAGUCAUCUCGGAGGCGCCCCUGACCAAGCUGGCUUGGUUCAACCGCCAACUAACCAACCUGUCAACGGAAGAAAACCUCCAAACCACGCUGUCCGCCGUGGCCGCCGUCCGCAACAAGACCACGCUGUUCCUCCGCAUGGACAGCUUCCCGCCCCUGAGCAACAUCACGACCGACUGGCGCGACUCGGCGCCGUUCGAGGCCGACUUCGGGUUCGGCAGGCCGUGCGCGCUCCGUCACCCCUUCGACACCGUGACCCCGGGCUACAUCAUCAUCUUCCCCGCGCGGGCCAACGGCGGUCCGGCGGGCGAGGACGAGGGGUUCGAGUUCCUCGUCGGCUUCGAGAAGGAGGCUGUGGACAGCCUGAUCAGCGAUCCUGAGUUUAAUAGGUACUUUGAGUUCCGUGGCAUCGACGCUGAGGAGCCGACGAAUGACACCGGAGUGAUGCAGGUGAUGUGA